UUGUUGAACGGUGAUACAUGUUUCAGAUCAAUAAAAAGGCUCAUCUGAGACUUUUUUCUCUUCCACAUGUUACACAAAAUACAUUCUCUGGUGGUACAAAGCUUACAUGAACUGAUCAGCAGGAGAAGCUAAGGUAACUGCACUCCCUUAUGAAAGCCCAAAUUCUAAACUGAAGUCCAGUUUUGUUGGACUCCAGUAUCUGCAGAGACGCUGCAAGGAGCAGGGCAAGAGAGCUACGUGUUUACCAAAGCAUCGUCGGGUGAGGAUGGGAAAAAGGUGCCUCUUCUCCCUCCUUUGUUUGCUCUUGGUGGCCAGCAUUGCAGGCCAGCCUGAAGAUGUCAUUACAGAAACAGAAGUAGUCCAGGCUUUGCCAGGUACCGACGUGACCCUGGUAUGCGGCUUCCCAAAACCACAUGCCACCUACAUCAUACAGACACAGUGGUCCAAGACUGAUGACACACAGCUUACCAGAAUAGCUGUUUAUCACCCUGUUUAUGGCACCCACUACUUCACCUUUCCUGAGGCUUCUUACAACUUCUCGGUGUCCUUCAGCACGAGGAGCUGCUGCAGCUGGGAUGAGACAGAGGCUUUGUGUUCCCCUGAUCCAAAUGCCAAGUCCGAAUGCAGUCGGUGGGCUCUGCAUCUGAAAAACAUUACCAUUUCCCUUAGCGGGCAGUAUGAGUGCAGUUUUGCUACUUACCCUUAUGGGACAAAGGCUGCAAAAAUCCAGCUUAUUGUCAAGGCAGAAGAGGAGCAGCACGCCGUGAAGGAAGUGUGGUUAAACCAGACUUUAGAAAUUCCAUGCCUUGGGGACACGGCCUCAGAAAGUUUGUCCCGUUAUCCUUUGAAAUGGCUCGUGGAGCAAAAUGGCACAAAAGAGGAACUUGUAACCAAGGAGCCCUCCUGUGCUGCAGUGUACAGGAACAGCAGCAUGCUCUAUGGGCAGAGAUUCCACCUGGGUUUGAAUAAUGCUCUAAAGAUUUUCCCCAUCAAAAUCACAGACGAUGGCAAGGUUUUUUCCUGCCAUGUGGUGUCCCAUCCGGAGAGAGUCCAGAAGAGCAGCACCACUGUGAGAGUAUUCGCCUACCCCGAGAUCUCUGUUGGCCUGCAGGAGGGUGCUGCUGGCACUUCAGACAAGCCUAACGUGACCUGCAUCAUGAGGAAGGUAUUUCCCAAGCCAAGCCUUGUGUGGUACGUGGACAGAGAGAGCUUGACGGAGCAGCCUGGAGGAAUUUCCGUUGAGCAAGAAGACUCGCAAGACAGUGAAGGUUUCUAUCAGCUGAGAUCAACGCUGGUGUUUCAAGGGACCCACCAGACAUCUAAGAUGUUCUUGUGUGCGUGCCUGUUUUCCUUCCUUGGGAAUGGAACACGGAAUAUUUCAUCAAAAGAAAUAUUUGUUUCCUUCGACAAUAAGCCUAAUGAAGCCUCGUCCAAAGCUUUCCCCACCGCGGCUUCAGAAGAGCACCCGUUGACAUCUUUGGCCUCUCCGGAUUUCAGAAGUCAAGCAAACUUGCCUCCUGCUUCCAUGACACAAGUAGGAGCACUGAUUCCUACAGCAGAAACAAAAACCCAUACCAGCUCCACAGCAUUUAAUGAGAGAUUGACAACAGCAUAUCUUAAUGAUUCCAUCACCGAAUCCCCUCAAAGCCUCAGGAAUGCCACGCGCUUCUCCAAGAACACAACCCCGGUGUAUCGUGACCUGUCCUUCAGCAUCACCGACCAGCCAAUUUCAGUUACCAGAGGGGAAGAUUUCUUUACGGCCAGCAGUUCUCUCAGUACUACUGGUGGUGUGAUGAACAUGAAAGCCAAGCACUUCUCCUGGCCAACAGUGGUAGCUGUCCUGCUCCUCUCCUGCAGCUUUCUGAUAGCUUUGGGCAUCAGGAAAUGGUGUCAGUACCAAAAAGAGAUAAUGGACAGACCUCCGUCUUUCAAGCCACCGCCGCCUCCCAUAAAGUAUGCCUGCAUGGUGGAAUCUGAUGGGACCCCCCCGUCCUGCCACGAGCUGGAAAGCCUGUAGCAUCGCCCACAGAAGGCCGACCCAAUUAAAAGGCUUUGUCUUUAAAACAGUUUGGUGUUAAUGACCCAUAUUAAGAUGCAGAGCACCUAAACGACAUCAGUGCUGGAAGCUGAGCGCUCCCGAGGACACUUAUUUCAUCCCGUCUAUCUCUAUGCAUGCAUUACAUUAACACCGUUGUGAGUGUCACCCUGAGAUUACAUGUGCUUCAUUUGAGCUGCGGGAUCAAGGGGGAAUUUGCUGUCUUGUUAAUGGGAACAGAUUAACACAUCACUCCACCCGCCUUUUGUUUUGCUAAGUGUAUAGAGAUGACAGCUCUGCCAUAUGGGCACCACGAUUACAGGGGAAACGGUGGUUUAACACAAGGGUUUUGAUUCCUACAGGAGCCGUUCUUACAAUUAUUACAUGUUUUGCUAUGCAAAUAUUGACAAAUAUGAA